UAGAUAGACAUUUAUAUCCUUUUGUAUACCUUGCCUUUUAGUACACUUAUUUUCUACCAAUAUUUUCCUUUCUUCUUCUUCUUCGACUCUGUAGCUAGCAACUCUCUCCAUUUUCUAAGUGACUCCUGCUUCUUCAUACUCAGAGGGCAUGCCUGAAUGUCCAGAGAAAGGGAGAGAUUUGAAGAGAUAGGAAAGAAGAUAAAGAGGGAAGGAGAUGUUUCUUCUCAGAUGGGAAGAAGACAUAUGUUAGGUCCUCCUGGAACCCUAAAUACUAUCACCCCUUGUGCAGCAUGUAAGCUUUUAAGAAGAAGAUGUGCUCAAGAGUGUCCCUUUUCUCCAUAUUUCUCCCCCCAUGAGCCUCACAAGUUUGCUUCUGUUCACAAAGUUUUUGGUGCUAGCAAUGUCUCAAAGAUGCUAAUGGAAGUAGCAGAGUGUCAAAGAGCAGAUGCAGCAAAUAGUCUUGUUUAUGAAGCAAAUGUGAGGCUAAGAGAUCCAGUGUAUGGAUGCAUGGGUGCAAUUUCAGCAUUACAACAACAGGUUCAAUCUUUACAAGCUGAACUGAAUGUAGUGAGAGGUGAAAUACUUAAAUACAAAUUAAGGGAAGCUAACAUGAAUAAUAUGAAUAUGAUAUCACUACCCUCUUCUCAUCAUCAUCAUCAUCAUCAUCAUGUUUCAAUGCUACUACCUAAUUCCUCUGGAGGAGCUGUUUCAAAUAUUGCUACUACACCCCUACCUCCACCACCACCACCACCACCACCUCUUCCUCUUUCUACAAUUACUUCUUCCUCUUCUUCUUUAUACAUCCAACAACAGAGUGAUCCCAACAACUAUAGCAGAAUUUCAAGUGAACAUCAUAAUAAUAUUUCCUAUUUUGGUUAAAUUAUGAAAAUUACAAUUAUAUAUUCCAUUUGUCUUAAUUAAUUAAUUUGGUUUGGGAAUUGGUAUUAAUUGCGCACGUGAGAUGCAUGUGAGUGUGUUAAUCUGUGCCACUCUCACAAAUAUGCAACUCAAAAUAACUUCUCUUCUAGUUUAGCUCAUUAAAGUAAUAACGUAUUUGGUGGA